CUCAGGUUAGGAAUCCUACGUUUCCACCUCCCCACCGUCCCGAUGGCUGCAUGCAAGCGGACGUGCAGCGCAACGACAAGCUGCGAGCAGACGCGACACCACCGCACCCCAACGAGCCUCCCACCCACCGAGCAGCCGUCGUCGACUGGGAUGCGUAAUUUGGAGUUUGCGCUAAUCCUCCCGUUUUCUCCUCCGCCGUCAUGUGCAGGAAUAACUCCGCCGGCGACGGGAUUACACACGAAAGAUAACCUCGAUGUUUUUUCGUGAGAUGGAUAAGAAGAAAAAAAGGUGCGUCGAUAUUCUCGGUUCGCGUGUUUGACCGUCGAACGAAGAGGCUGGCUUUUGUGGGCUGAGGAGCGGAUGCGGGGAUCCACGGCACGCCGCCCCGGCUGCACACAUGGCGAACAGCAGCGCGUUCGAGAGCAGCCCGUCCUUCCACAACCACGCGUCCGCGGCCUCCGCGCUCAAGCUGGCCUCCCUGGGUCUCAUCACGGGCGUCAGCCUGCUGGGCAACGCGUCGCUGUCGGCGCUGCUCUUAAAGGACAGCUCGCUGCACAAACCCCCCUACUAUUUCCUCCUGGAUCUGUGCCUGGCCGACGCGCUCCGCUCCGCCGUGUGUUUCCCCUUCGUGAUGGCUUCCAUCGGCAGCGGCUCGGCUUGGCCGUACGGCUCGCUGUGCUGCAAGCUCGUCGCCUUCGCGUCGGCGCUCUUCACCUUCCACGUCGCCUUCCUGCUCUUCUGCGUCAGCAUCAGCCGCUACAUGGCCAUCGCCCACCACCGCUUCUACUCCAAGCGGAUGAACGUGUGUACGUGCAUGGCGGUCAUCUGCAUGGUGUGGACGCUGUCCGCCGCCAUGGCUUUCCCUCCCGUGUUCGACGUGGGCACGUACCGCUUCGUGCCGGAGGAGGAGCAGUGCACCUUCGAGCACCGCUACGUGAAGGCGAACGACACGCUGGGCUUCAUGCUGAUGCUGGUCGUCACCGUGGGGACCACCCACGCCGUUUACUGUAAGAUGCUGUGCUUCGUUUACAAUCACCGCAAAAUGAAACCCACUCAGCUGGUCCCGGCCAUCAGCCAGAACUGGACCUUCCACGGGCCCGGGGCCACGGGGCAGGCCGCCGCCAACUGGAUCGCCGGCUUCGGCAGAGGACCCACGCCGCCGACCUUGGUGGGCAUCAGGCAAGCGGCGCACGCCGGCAGCAGGCGGCUUCUGGUGCUGGAUGAGUUCAAAACGGAGAAACGCAUCGGGAAGAUGUACUACAUGAUCACGCUGACCUUCGGCGUCCUUUGGGCGCCCUACAUCGGCACCUGCUACAUGAGGGUGUUCAUGCACGGGGCGCCCGUCCCGCAGCUCUACUUGUCGGCCGCCGUGUGGAUGACUUUUGCUCAGGCCGGCGCCAACCCCAUCAUCAGCUUCCUGUUCAACAAGGAGCUCCGGAUGCGCCUCAGAGGCUGCCUGCCUUGCUGCCUGGGCACGCAGACCCCCAUGGAGCCGUUCUGCGUCAUCUGACCCGUCGUGAGGUCGCGACGCUUCGCCGCCGUUUUGGCAGAGUGCGUCCUCAAACUGCACACAAGGAACGCCUGGACUCGCGGUUGGAAUUUGCAUAAAUGGAUACUCUUUUUAGUACAGUAGAUCCCUGCUGUUCACGGGGCGUACUUUCCGAAUAACGUACGCACGCAUUAAUAGCCAUAAAAAUGCCUAUUUUAUAUACUGAAGACCUUUCUAGGUCUUAUUAUUGUAUUUUAAAUGACAGGUCUUGGUACUCGGUACUAAAUACAGUGUCGGAUAGACUGAUACUCAACUGCAACAUUUUGACUUCUUUGGUUUUGAACUAAAUUAGCUUGGUUAGCUUGUUAGCUCGCGGCUGUCUCCAGUCCCUGCAGCACAAGAGUUGACAUUGUGUUGUAAACAAUGACUAACAGGAGCGUAAAGGUGACUAUAGGGGUGUUAUUUCAUGUCUACAGGGCUCUAAUGGUGUAUUUGGAAAGUCCUAAACUGGUUUUAGGACUCUCCAUUUAGCAUUAAAUUUUAUAUUGCGGAAAUUCGGACAAAAUUGCAGACGACUGUACUUCGGCAUUGAAUGAUGGUGUCUUUCAUUUGUUGACCAAAACCAUAAAUAAUAAGCCAACAAUAAUACAACAAUAUAAAUCAAUACAGUUGUAAUUAUCCCCAUAUUCUAGUUCAGCUUCCCGAAGUUUGUAAACAAUAUAUAAAUAAGUAAUACCAAUAAAAAAACAGAUCAUUAUGAAAAUAAACAUACCAGUAUCGAUAUCGAUAUCGCCCCUAUCGAAUGAUAAUGAAAGAUAACGAUGAUGCCUUAUACGAUGAUGACAGUGAUUGUGAAGCGUAGACGGCCAAUCAGCAGGAAGUAUUGGUAAAAAUGAAAAAAACAUUGGCUGCAUUCAAACCUCACAGCAAUAUUGUCAUAUUCGAUUUCAUAAAAUACUAAUCUCUUUUUAUUGGCAAUAUAAAAAAACAGAAAAGCCGAGCCGCCAUCUUGUUCCUGUGUUUGUACAGAUAUCUGCCGAUGAUGUUGUAUCGCCACCCGCUUGUACCGCUUUUGUUAGCGCUUGUCGUUAUAUGUAUGCUGUAUCAUGAUGCUGAAUAUGUUAUGCUUUAUGAUGAUGAUUUGCUGCAAAUUUUAAAAAAAAUACUAAAAAUUUUAAUAUUUUGAGAAGAAAUCUGCAAAUGUGCGGGGAUCUACUGUAUUUGUGUCCUUUCAGCCAAAGUCGUAUUUGGAAGUAACAAACGUCGAUUUAAGGACUUCAUCACAAUACUGACAUUUUUCUCAAUAUUUCUACGUAUAUGAAGACACCAAAUUUUUAGAUUUUCCCAAAUACGCUUUCCUCAGACGAGACCAAAUCGCAGAUAUUUUUUUGUCAAGGAUGGCGUCAACAUUUGUAUAUAAAAUAUAACCUUUCUUAUGCUUUGUAAGCAGCUAAUGGAAAUACCGUAAUGUUUUACAAUACUGUCUGUUAUUAUUAUUAUUAUUAUUAUUAUUAUUAUUAUUAUUAUUCACUUUAACCCACAAGAACCCUUUUUCAGCUUUGUGCUUGAACUCAUCGGCUUCUUACGUCACGAUGAAACACUUGUCAUGUGACAGGAAUGGCUUCAGAUGUCAAAUAUUACAAUUCAACUAUUUAUUCAAUUAUUUAUUGAAUAAAAAAAAAUAUGGCUAGCCUUAAAAUAGCCAAGGAAAUUCCGGAAAAAUUAUGGGUUCUUCUGGGUUAAAUGCAUUUUGAAUAUUUGAUUUAUGAGUGUAAGGAAGGUGAUGACAUUCCCAUGUCUUUCUUUUGAUAUGAACAAGGACACUCGGACCACUUGGUGCUAUUUCACAGAAGAAUGGUUGAACUCUUUGUAUUUCUUAGCAAAUAAAUAAGAAA